AUGAGGCGUCUGCUGCUGCUGCUGCUUAUAGGGUUCUUGCUCCUUCAUCAGGGCCGCUGCUUUGAGUUUGUAAUAGAUGGAGAAUGGGAGGAAGAGACGUCAGGUCUACGGGAUCACAGGCAGAGACACAAGAGAGCUACACUGACCAGCGAGGAGCAGGAAGACUUUGAGGCCAUCCGCGGAGAUGACAUCACCGUCAAGAGCUACAGGGUGGAGAGCCGCAUCACAUCACGUUUUGCCCACACCACCGUCAGGAGCUCAGUGGUUAACUCGGGCUCCAAAGCCCAGAGCAUUGGCUUCAAUGUCCAGAUCCCUAAGCAGGCUUUCAUCACCAACUUCACCAUGACUGUGAACGACAUAAAGUUUGUGGGCUCGGUGAAGGAGAAGACGGUGGCCAGGAACCUCUAUGCUCAGGCCAGAGCCAAAGGCAUGGCAGCGGGCAUCGUCAGGGCUAAUUCUCAGGACAUGGAGACAUUUAAGACGGAGGUCCAUGUCCCUCCCAACAGUUUAAUAGAGUUUGAGCUCCACUACCAGGAGAUGAUGCAUAGGAAGCUGGGAUUUUAUGAACACUCACUGUACCUGCAGCCCGGGAGGCUGGUGCCACACUUCCAGGUGGAUGUGUACAUUUUUGAGCCAAAUGGAAUUUCCUCAGUACAAAUACCAAACACGCUUGGAGCGCAGUUUGAAGAGCUGGUCAGAGUUACACAAACCAAUGACAAGGCUCAUGUUGUCUUCAAGCCCACCUUACAGCAGCAGAGAAAGUGUGAAAACUGCAGUGACAGUGCUAUAGAUGGCACCUUCAUUGUCAGAUAUGACGUGAAAAGAGACAGCAACUCCGGAGAGCUACAGGUCUCCGACGGCCACUUUGUCCAUUUCUUCGCUCCAUCAAACUUCUCCCCACUUCCUAAAAACAUUGUGUUUGUCAUUGAUGUGAGCGGGUCCAUGUGGGGGGUCAAGAUGAAGCAAACAGUGGAGGCCAUGCAGGCUAUCUUGGAUGACCUGACCAUAAAUGAUCGCUUCAGCAUCAUCGACUUCAAUCACAAUGUGCGUUGCUGGAGUGAGGAGCUGGUCCACGGCUCCUCCUUUUACAUCGAAGAUGCCAAGAAUUACGUCCAGAGCAUCAAACCCAGUGGAGGCACCAACAUCAAUGAGGCACUGAUGAGAGCAGUCCAGAUGCUUGUGAAAGCAUCCAAUCGGGGGCAGAUUGAAACUCGCUCUGUCUCCAUGAUCAUUCUGGUGUCUGAUGGAGACCCCACCGUUGGCGAGAUCAAGCUCAGCACCAUCCAGAAGAAUGUGAAACGAGCGAUGAGGGAGGAUUUUUCUCUUUUCUCAUUGGGCAUCGGUUUCGACGUGGACUAUGACUUCCUGGAACGCAUAGCCAUGGAGAACAGGGGCAUGGCUCAACGGAUCUAUGCGAACCAUGAUGCCGCAGAGCAGCUACGGUCCUUUUACAGACAGGUUUCUUCUCCUCUGCUGAGGAAAAUCAUCAUCGAGUUCCCUGAGGACUCAGUGUCAGACAUCACUCAGAACCACUUUGAUAAAUACUUCAGCGGCUCUGAGCUGGUGGUGGCCGGGAAGGUGCUGCCAUCUGAGAGCAACACACUGACCAGCUUCACCACAGCAUCUGCAGCCAGUCUGGACAUCACGCUGGAGACAGAGGCCGACACUGCGGAGCUGGAUGCCGAGUUAGCCAAGCAGCAGCACUCAUUCCCCGGCUUCGCCAGACAGAUGUGGGCUUACAUCACCAUCAAUCAGCUGAUAUCUGAAAGGUCUCUGGCUCCGACAGCUGCCAAGAAGAGGAAGAUCACUCAGCGGAUCAUGUCGCUGGCUGUGGAGCAUCAGUUUGUCACUCCGCUUACUGCUCUUCUGGUGGAGGGCGAUGAUGGAGAGAGGCUGCUGGCCGACUCCCCAAGAGACCCCAAACAUGGCUGCUGCUCAGUACCCGCCAAUGGUCUGACUCCGUCCAAGGUCGUCUAUCAGCCUCCACCCUGGGUCCUGAUGACCACUACGGCCCCGCCAAGUCAGGUUGAGACGGGCCCACGGGAGGAGCAGAUUGUGCCUCACCACAUCAACAUAGUGGACAACGACCCUCACUUCAUCGUCCACCUGCCCAGAAGUAACAUGGACGUCUGCUUUAACAUCGACUCCAAACCUGGUCAUAUUCUCAACCUGGUGUCUGACUCUGGAUCAGGUGUGGUGGUGAACAGUCAGCUAAUUGGCUCUAAGCGGGUGCACAAAGGCAAACUGAAUACCUACUUCGGCACCAUCUCAGUCUACUAUCAACCUGAUGGAGUGAGUGUGACGGUCAGCACCAGCAGCAUCGCCAUGACUGAUGGCAGGAACAACCACUCCUUCACCUGGGGGGCCACAGCUGAAAUCACACAGCAUGGGCUGAGGAUUUCCAUUGUGAAGAACUCUCAUGUGGCCAUCACGGUAAAUAAUCAUAUCCAGGUGAUGGUGUUGCUCCAUCGUGUGUGGAAGAAACAUCCCGUCAAUGUCGACUUCCUUGGCGUCUACAUUCCCAACAACAACCAGUACUCCCCUCUGGUGCACGGGCUCAUAGGGCAGUUUGCUCGAGAUCCUGAGGUGAGUUUAUAUGACAUCCAUGAAGGACUCGACCCUCUGAAGAAGGAAGCAACGAUGGAAGUGAAUGGCAACAAGCUGCUCGUCACCAGAGGCUGGCAGAAGGACUACAGGCAGGAUAAGAGACGCGGCUCCAACGUCUACUGCUGGUUCAUUCACAACAGUGGGAAGGGCUUUAUCGACGGCCACUACACCGACUACAUCGUGCCAGAUCUCAACAGCUUCCUCCAGAUGCCCUGAGCAGCCAGAGAGAAG